GACCCCGACCACCACCACCACUCCAGCCCAUCGCCACGCCUCCACUCCGCUCCGACCCGAAACGCGCGACCCAUUUUCUCCUCGGUUUCCUCGCGCGGAGUCGGGGAGAGGAGGCGGCGGCCCAGAUGCAGACGCCCGCCGAGAUUCCGCCGGCCGCCGCCGCCGCCGCCGAGGCGCCCGCGGUGCCCAGAUCCGACGACCCCCCCGCCGCCUCCGACCCCUCCUCCCCUCCGCCGCCGCCGCCCCCCGUCGCCGUGGCCGCCGCCACCGCCGAUCCGCCUCCCCCCGCGCAGCCGCAGGGGCAGAAGACCGUCACGUGGAGCGAGAAGCUGACGUCGGAGUCGCCCACCUAUGUGGCGGCCGCCACCGCCGAGGCCGCCGAGUCCAGCCAGUACGUCUCCCGCGGCCCCGCCUCCUCGUCCUCCAAGGGCGCGGUGGAGGCCAUGAAGGAGACGCUGUCCAGGUGGGGGAAGUCGGUGGGGGAGACGACCAAGAUGGUCGAGAGCCUCAGCCGGGACACGUGGCAGCACUUCAAGACAGGACCUAGUUUUACUGAAGCUGCUAUGGGACGGCUUGCUCAAGGAACUAAAGUCUUAGCAGAAGGUGGCUAUGAAAAAAUAUUCAGGCAAACUUUUGAGGUUCUUCCUGAGGAGCAGCUGAAAAUAUCUUAUGCAUGCUAUCUAUCAACAUCUGCUGGUCCUGUCAUGGGAGUCAUGUACAUUUCUACAGCUAAAAUUGCAUUCUGCAGCGACAAUCCUCUCUCUUACAAAGCUGGAAAUAAAACUGAAUGGAGUUACUACAAGGUGGUCAUUCCUCUGCACCAGCUAAGAGCGGCUAAUCCUUCAGUGAGCAAAGUAAACCCUGCUGAAAAGUAUAUUCAGGUUGUUUCAGUUGAAGGCCACGAGUUCUGGUUCAUGGGUUUUCUGAUGUAUGACAAAGCCGUGUGUAGCCUCCAAGAAGCCAUGAAUAGUGCCCGCGAGAUGCAACCGUAGAUACCAAAGCAGAAGUUUCAGUCGAGAGUCAUCCUGAUCCUGUGUAGCAAUCCUGGGGGGGCAUCUCUAUUUCCGCGAUCGAUUCCUUCGCUUCUGAGUGUCUCCUGUUUCAGAUCCUUCGCGGCUGUGUGCUUCGGAGCCAUUUGAGACGAUACACUCACUAGCUUCUAUACGUGUUCGAAAUGUGUUCUUUUUGUUGUGGCCUUCCGCGUGUUGUAAUGAUGGGAUGUAUGGGAAAACACUGGAGCUGUCCAUUUUGAAUGCUUUUAUUAUCAACACUUGAAAAUGUGGCAGUAUCGGAUGGAUGUUUAUGGGAA